AUGUCCGAAUCACCUCCGCCUCCUUCGUGGAGCAUCGGCAACAUGGCCAGCAGUGCUGCGCAGUUCAUGCGACUUCCUGUCCUGGCAUCAUCUGGUCUAGCGGUGGUGGCAAGCGGACUCCUCUAUUUCAAGCAGAAUGAACUGAUUUACCCUCGAAAUGUCCCUGUGGAUGCGCGAACCAAUGUUCCCAGUCCUCGCCAAUUCGGUAUCACCGACUUUGAGGACCUUCAGAUCCCCACCCCCGAUGGAGAGUCGUUGCAUGCUCUCUUCCUGCGCCAACGACCCGGUCGUUUCUCUCGCAAUCUGACUGUUUUGAUGUUCCACGGAAAUGCGGGCAAUAUCGGCCAUCGUGUACCCAUCGCCAAGGCUGUGCAGGACACUCUCCAGUGUAACGUGUUUUUGUUGGAAUAUCGAGGAUAUGGAAUGUCAACAGGCGUGCCUGAUGAAGGAGGUCUCAAAAUCGAUGCGCAGACCGGCCUAGACUACAUACGAAAUCGCCCAGAGACUAGAGAUUCCAAGAUUGUUGUCUACGGACAAAGUCUUGGAGGUGCCGUGGCUAUCAACCUAGUUGCCAGCAACCAGGAGCCCGGUGAUAUCGGAGGAUUGAUUCUGGAAAAUACCUUCCUGAUGUCUUUCCCUCCUGCGCGAUAUCUCGCACGUUUCUGUCAUCAAUUCUGGAACAGUGAAGAGGUCCUGCCUAAAAUCACCCAUACACCCAUUCUCUUCUUGAGUGGUCUCAAAGAUGAGCUUGUUCCACCAUCAAAUAUGACUCAAUUAUUCGCUGUUUGCAACUCCGAGACUAAAGUCUGGCGCACACUUCCAAACGGUGGUCAUAACGAUUCCGUUGCGGAGCCUGGAUACUUUGAUCACAUUCAUUCCUUCAUCACCGAGGAAGUGCUGGCCAACAAGGAGUGA